GGAGGUAUACUGCAGUUGCAGGUCCCUCAGCUGAUGUGAAGGUAAGAGCUGAGAGAGUGGAGCUGCUGCACUGUCUGUAACAACAACUACAACACUGGAACAAAUAGUGAAUGGUAGUGUCUAGAAAGGGUAUGUCCCUUCAGGAGAGAGGUGCCAAUGUCCAACCGGCCUAAUAACAAUCCAGGGGGGUCACUGCGACGUUCACAGAGGAACACUGCUGCGGCCCAGCCACAAGACGAAGCAGUCGGAGGAAGGUUGCAGUCAGAGCAGGUAAAUCAUAAAGCAAAUACCCCUCCUGAGAAUAGAAGACCUAUUUCUAAGGCUUCAAAAGUGCAAUCCAACACUGUCUCUGGAAAAUCCAGAGGGCACAGCUCUAGAAGAAGCGGUAUUUCGUCGUCGGCACCAUUAGUGCAGCAAGAAGACCCAGAUACAGCUAGUACUUCAGAGAGAGACAAAACAGGACAGACGUCCAAGAGAGACGGGUCCCGUGGAUUUAAACGUAGUUCAGGUCCAGAAAAUAAGGGUUCAUACUCUCCCAGCCCUGCCAAAAAGCCCAAAGCACUUCAGCCCCCUGAGAGCUCUUCAGAGGCGAAGAGAGGACAAGCUAAAUCUAAGAAAAGACAGUUGGCGCAAGACCAGCAGCUGAAACCUGAGCAGUCUGCAUCAACGAGCAAGGCCCACAGCAGAAAGAGUGGAGCUACUGGGGGAUCCCCGUCUCAGAAAAGAAAAAAGAUUGAUAUUUCCUCCAAUUUAAAUAGUGGUUCUGGGGCUCAUUCAACCCGUCCUGAGGAGAGGCCUGCAAAACCCACCAAGCUGGCUUCAAAAUCAGUGACCUCAGCCAAAGCUGGGUGUAGCACUGUCACGGAUUCUUCCUCUUCAGCCUCCACUUCCUCUUCUUCCUCCACUGCUGCCUCCACAGCCGUACCUCAGGGCGCCCGGGUGAAACAAGGGAAAGACCAGAACAAGGCCCGGAGGUCCCGGUCCGCCUCCAGCCCCAGCCCGCGCAGGAGCAGUCGCGAGAAGGAGCAGAACAAAACUGCUGGCUCCUCCAAGUUCGAGUGGGCUGCCCGCUUCAGCCCGAAAGUCAAUUUGCCCAAACCAAAACUGUCUCUGCCGGGCUCUUCUAAGUCAGAGACUGCAAAGCCUGGGCCUUCGGGACUUCAAGCCAAACUAGCAAGCUUAAGAAAGUCUACAAAGAAGCGCAGCGAGUCCCCACCAGCAGAGCUCCCCAGUUUAAGGCGGAGCACACGCCAAAAGACCACGGGCUCCUGUGCUAGUACCAGUCGGCGAGGCUCUGGCCUGGGCAAACGCGGGGCAGCUGAAGCCCGCCGACAGGAGAAAAUGGCAGAUUCUGACAACAACCAGGAUGGAGCCAAUCCUUCAGCUGCACGCACAGAUGAGGCACCUCAAGGAGCAGCAGCUUCUAGCUCUGUGGCUGGGGCUGUGGGAAUGACAACAUCUGGAGAGAGCGAAUCGGAUGACUCAGAAAUGGGCAGACUACAAGCUCUCCUUGAGGCACGGGGUCUUCCUCCUCAUCUGUUUGGUCCUCUGGGUCCUCGGAUGUCCCAGCUAUUCCACAGAACGAUAGGAAGUGGGGCGAGUUCCAAGGCUCAGCAGCUCCUUCAGGGCCUGCAGGCUACAGGUGAUGAGUCUCAGCAGCUCCAGGCAGUCAUUGAGAUGUGCCAGCUACUGGUGAUGGGCAAUGAGGAAACGUUGGGUGGAUUUCCAGUGAAGAGUGUUGUACCAGCAUUGAUAACCUUGUUGCAAAUGGAGCAUAAUUUUGACAUUAUGAACCAUGCAUCCAGAGCUUUGACUUACAUGAUGGAAGCGCUGCCCAGAUCAUCAGCUGUGGUGGUUGAUGCUAUUCCAGUCUUCCUGGAAAAGGUUAAAAAACUCCAAGUCAUACAGUUUAUUGAUGUAGCUGAGCAGGCCCUAACAGCUCUGGAAAUGUUGUCACGUAGACAUAGCAAGGCCAUUCUGCAAGCUGGAGGGUUGGCAGACUGUUUGCUUUACCUUGAGUUCUUCAGCAUUAAUGCACAACGAAAUGCUCUGGCUAUUGCUGCCAAUUGCUGCCAGAGUAUCACUCCUGAUGAGUUUCACUUUGUUUCGGAUUCACUGCCCUUACUAACACAAAGGCUAACCCAUCAGGAUAAAAAAUCAGUUGAAAGCACUUGUCUCUGUUUUGCCCGGCUUGUAGACAACUUUCAGCACGAAGAGAACCUGCUGCAACAGGUAGCAUCUAAGGAUCUGCUGACUAACAUCCAGCAGCUCUUGGUUGUGACUCCUCCUAUCUUGAGCUCAGGAAUGUUCAUUAUGGUGGUACGGAUGUUCUCCUUGAUGUGUUCCAAUUGCCCCAGCCUGGCUGUGCAGCUCAUGAAACAGAAUAUAGCAGAAACUCUGCGCUUUCUCCUCUGUGGUGCUUCAAAUGGCAGUUGUCAGGAGCAGAUUGACCUGGUUCCAAGGAGUCCCCAGGAACUUUACGAGCUGACGUCUCUUAUUUGUGAGCUCAUGCCAUGCCUUCCCAGAGAGGGCAUCUUUGCAGUAGACACAAUGCUGAAAAAAGGAAACACUCAAAACACAGACGGUGCUAUCUGGCAGUGGAGAGAUGACAGAGGCUUGUGGCAUCCUUAUAACAGAAUUGACAGUCGGAUAAUAGAGACAGCUCAUCAGAAUGGUGAAGACGAAAUUAGCUUGUCCACACUCGGACGUGUUUAUACUAUUGAUUUUAAUUCUAUGCAGCAGAUCAAUGAGGAUACAGGAACGGCGCGAGCCAUUCAGAGAAAACCUAACCCUUUAGCCAACCCCAACACUAGUGGACAUUUGGAAGUGAAGAAGGAAGAUGCUAGGGCACAGCUGAUGAAAGAAGACCCCGAACUGGCAAAAUGCUUUAUAAAGACUUUGUUUGGUGUCCUUUAUGAAGUGUACAGCUCCUCAGCUGGGCCUGCGGUCAGACACAAGUGCCUUAGAGCAAUUCUUAGGAUUAUUUAUUUUGCAGAUGCAGAACUCCUAAAAGAUGUGCUAAAAAACCAUGCUGUAUCUAGUCACAUUGCUUCCAUGCUGUCAAGUCAAGAUCUGAAGAUAGUUGUUGGAGCCCUUCAAAUGGCAGAAAUUUUAAUGCAAAAGUUGCCCGAUAUUUUCAGUGUUUACUUUAGAAGAGAAGGUGUAAUGCACCAAGUAAAGAAUCUGGCAGAGUCGGAGACUUUCCUCACUAGUCCUCCGAAGGCUUGUACGAGUGGUUCUGGAAGUCUUUGUACGACGACAAUUAGCACAGCAGCGACUACUGCUGCCACCAAUGUGGCUCCUGACCUGGGCUCUCCGAGCUUCCAGCACAGCAUGGAUGAUUCUCUGGACCUGAGUCCCCAGGGCCGGUUAAGUGAUGUUUUGAAGAGAAAACGUCUACCAAAGCGAGGGCCAAGAAGGCCCAAGUAUUCACCACCAAGGGAUGAUGACAAAGUUGACAAUCAAGCUAAAAGUCCUACUACUACACAGUCCCCCAAAUCGUCUUUCUUGGCAAGCUUAAACCCGAAAACAUGGGGUAAAUUAAGUACUCAAACUAACAGCACCAACUCUGAGCCGGCACGCACAGCUGGUGUCAGUGGGCUUGCCCGGGCUCCUCCUAAGGACUCCAUUUCUAAUAACAGGGAUAAGAUCAAGGCUUGGAUAAAGGAACAGGCCAGUAAAUUUGUCGAGCGCUAUUUCAACUCUGAGAAUGUGGAUGCAAGCAAUCCUGCAUUGAAUGUACUACAGAGGCUUUGCACUGCUACUGAACAGCUCAACCUGCAGGUGGAUGGUGGGAUCGAGUGCCUUGUAGAAAUCCGGAGUAUAGUCUCAGAGUCUGAUGUGUCCUCCUUUGAAAUCCAGCACAGUGGAUUUGUGAAACAGCUGCUGCUUUACUUAACCUCUAACAAUGACAAAGAUGCUGUCAGUCGAGAUGUUCGGUUAAAGAGAUUUCUACAUGUUUUUUUUGGCUGUCCGGUUCCUGGCACAGAGUCUCCCGGACGAACAGAUCCCACAGAAAAUGGACCUCUUUUGGCUCUUGUGCACAAAAUGAACAAUUGUUUAAGUCAAAUGGAACAGUUUCCAGUUAAAGUACAUGACUUCCCCAGUGGCAAUGGAACUGGGAGCAGAGGAUCUCAGGCUCUGAAGUUCUUUAACACCCAUCAGCUGAAAUGUCAGCUGCAGAGACAUCCAGACUGUACCAAUGUGAAGCAGUGGAAGGGAGGUCCAGUGAAGAUUGAUCCAUUGGCUUUGGUACAAGCUAUUGAACGAUACCUUGUUGUUAGAGGCUACGGACGAAUUCGAGAGGAAGAUGAAGACAGUGAUGAUGAUGGUUCAGAUGAUGAAAUUGAUGAGUCACUGGCUGCACAGUUUCUGAAUUCUGGAAAUGUGAGGCACAGACUCCAGUUUUACAUUGGAGACCACUUACUGCCAUACAACAUGACUGUAUACCAGGCUGUCAGACAGUUCAGUAUACAGGCUGAAGAGGAGCGGGAGUCCACAGAUGAUGAGAGCAACCCCUUAGGAAGAGCAGGAAUUUGGACAAAGACUCACACAAUAUGGUAUAAACCUGUGAGAGAAGAUGAAGAUGGCAAUAAGGACGUAGUUGGUGGAAAGAGAGGCCGUGCACAAACUGCCCCAACAAAAACUUCACCUCGCAAUGCAAAAAAACACGAUGAACUGUGGCAUGAUGGUGUUUGUCCUUCAGUUACAAACCCGUUAGAAGUUUACCUCAUUUCCGAACCUCCUGAAUCCAUAACUUUUGAUGACCCUUCACUUGAUGUGAUCCUCCUGUUAAGAGUUCUCCAUUCAAUAAGCAGAUACUGGUUUUACCUGUAUGAUAAUGCUGUAUGCAAAGAGAUUAUUCCCACCAGUGAGUUUAUCAACAGCAAGCUCACAGCAAAAGCAAAUCGGCAGCUUCAGGAUCCCUUGGUUAUAAUGACAGGGAAUAUACCCUCUUGGCUGACAGAGCUUGGAAAAACCUGCCCUUUCUUCUUCCCAUUUGACACCAGACAAAUGCUAUUCUACGUGACAGCUUUUGAUAGGGACCGAGCCAUGCAGAGAUUAUUGGACACAAAUCCAGAAAUUAAUCAGUCUGAUUCCCAAGACAGCAGAGUUGCACCAAGACUGGAUAGAAAAAAGCGCACUAUAAACCGCGAGGAAUUACUGAAACAAGCUGAAUCAGUAAUGCAGGAUCUUGGCAGCUCCAGAGCGAUGCUGGAAAUUCAGUAUGAAAAUGAAGUUGGAACUGGCCUGGGCCCAACAUUAGAGUUUUAUGCACUUGUAUCUCAGGAACUGCAAAGAGCUGAUCUUGGUUUGUGGAGAGGAGAAGAAGUCACCUUAUCAAACCCAAAAGGAAACCAAGAGGGGACCAAGUAUAUCUUUAGCUCUCGGGGUCUGUUUGCUGUUCCUUUCGGAAGGACGACCAAACCAGCACACAUAGCCAAGGUCAAGAUGAAAUUCCGGUUUCUGGGAAAACUGAUGGCAAAAGCCAUAAUGGACUUCAGAUUGUUGGACCUUCCUCUGGGACUGCCUUUUUACAAGUGGAUGCUGCGUCAUGAAUCCUCUAUUACCUCCCAUGACCUCGUAAACAUUGAUCCUGGCGUAGCUAAAUCGAUCCAUCACCUUGAGGAUAUCAUCAGACAGAAAAAGAAACUGGAGCAGGAUAGGUCACAUACGAGGGAGACCCUGCAGCAAGCGCUGGAAAGCCUGACAAUGAAUGGCUGCUCAGUGGAAGACCUGGGACUUGAUUUCACUCUGCCUGGUUUUCCCAACGUUGAGUUAAAGAAAGGAGGCAAGGAUAUUCCAGUCAACAUCCACAAUCUGGAGGAAUAUCUGAGAUUGGUGGUUUACUGGACUUUGAAUGAAGGAGUUUCCAGACAGUUUGAGUCAUUCAGGGAAGGAUUUGAGUCAGUCUUCCCUCUGCAUCACCUGCAGUAUUUUUAUCCUGAAGAGCUGGAUCAGUUGCUUUGUGGUAGCAAAUCUGAGACUUGGGAUGUAAAAACUUUAAUGGAGUGCUGUAGACCAGAUCAUGGAUAUACACAUGACAGUCGUGCUGUGAAGUUCCUGUUUGAAGUCCUCAGUAGUUUCGAUGCAGAACAGCAAAGACUGUUUCUGCAGUUUGUUACCGGUAGCCCAAGACUGCCAGUGGGAGGCUUCAGGAGCUUGAAUCCUCCGCUGACGAUUGUGCGCAAGACGUUUGAAUCUACAGAGAAUCCGGACGAUUUUCUGCCCUCUGUAAUGACCUGUGUCAACUAUCUCAAGCUACCUGACUACUCCAGUAUUGAGAUAAUGCGUGAAAAACUGUUGAUAGCUGCCAGAGAAGGGCAGCAGUCAUUCCAUCUCUCUUGAUCUCUUGAUCACAUUUAAAUGCCUUUUACAGCAAAAGAGAAAUCAUUUUUUUAAAAUCACCUACAUCGAGGCAAUGUGUACAGCCUUCUUGUUGUAGAAAGCAGCUUGCAAACAUUAAAGAAUUGAUAUAUAUAUUUGCUGCCCCUUCUCUCCCACAAACUGAAAGACAUUACACGUCCCACAGAAUUCACGAAGACUAAUACCUUUAGUUGAAAAAUAAUGUUAAAAAUGGGUGACAUUUUAAACUUGCAUUGCCUUGUGAUAUUUAAAAAGGGAUUUUUUUUUCAGAAUGGUGGAACAAUAAAUGUCACUGUGCAUACUGGGGUGUGUGUUUCCAUAUAGCAUCUAGAUUUAUUUUUGCUCCAAAGAUUACUUUGUACAGACAAAUUUACAAAGUUGCUCAUACUUCACAUUUGAUAGAUCAAGCUCCAUGUAUUCUCAUUUCUCCCUGAUUAGUUUGUCCAUUUUGCAUUCUGUUUGUAUAAUAUGCCACCAGUUUGUGUGUUGUAUUUUGGUUCUGCUUUUUUGUGUGUUUCUAAAUCUUGUGAAAAGAAAGUUACAGUGUGCUGAAUGCGGGUAGAAAUCAUUUUGUAGGGUUUUCCCCAGCAAAUGGUGUAAUAGCCUACAUUUGCAAAGCGUUUCACCUCCGUUAUGAACUCAAAACAGUGCUUUGAUUAGGUAGUGUUUUCGCUUAAUAGUUUCUUAGUGUAGGUACAUUCUGCUGAAUCCCUGAAAGACACACUAGUUGCUGUGUACUUGAUUAUUUCUGGCAAGAAAUAAACUUGGCUCAAUAAAUGCUGAGAGAGCUCCAAUCAUAUUUUGUAGCUGGGCAAAUUGAGCUGGUGUAUCGUUUUUAUCAUUUAAUGGCCAGAUAGCAUUUCAAGUUAAUUUACAGAAUAAAGUUUAAAUGCAGAUUCACACCCAGUUUGUGGUGAGAUACCUGCUUUAUUUUCUUUUUUAAAUUUUCUAUUUUUUUCUUGCUGUAGUUUUUUUUUUUAUUUUCAGCACUGCUGGCUUGGAACAAACAGCUGAGCACACCAGCAGUGUGUGGACUUGGAUAAGGCAAGUGUAAGCCAUCCUUUGUCCAGCUUUUCAUGUGCUGGUUUCUAAGAUCUGCAAUAAUUUACUGCAUCAGGUUCAUGUUUUUACCUGAACAUAAAUAAAGUUAACUGUUUGACUCACA